UAACUUGUCUAACCAUCACAAGUCCGCAUCUUAUCAGCCAUGCAAAUGGUCAAAGUACUUCAACAUCCGUGACGAUAUCGAAAUAGAAUCUGGGACUUUUAGAAUAUAUCGCCGUGGGGUUGAAGGUCCCUUGCUAUUCUUCAUUCAUGGUGGUGGAUUUUCAGCUUUGUCAUGGGCUCUGUUAAGCAGCGCAAUGACCCGGGAAGUCCGUUGCCAAUGUCUGGCAGUUGACAUGCGUGGUCACGGUGACACCCACUGUCACGAUGAAUCGGACUUGUCGAUUGAGACGCUUACAUCGGAUAUAAUCAAAAUAAUAUUUGCCAUGUUCCCCACGGAGGCACCACCUAUCGUGCUCAUCGGUCACAGUAUGGGUGGCGCGGUUGCGGUCCACGUGGCACAGAAGCGUGCAAUCCCAUCUCUUGCAGCUCUCGUGGUGGUUGACGUUGUGGAAGACGACGUCGAUUUUCGGACUGGACAGGUACGCAAUCUAGAAUCUGCCAGGGUCUCCUUCCCCGGCCAGCUGCGACGUAUGUCCACCGGUGAAACAGCUACCUGUGAACUAGACCGCGGUGUAGCCUGCAUUGACGUCAACCCGCAUGGCCCACCUAAAACAGAAUCUUCUGACGACCACCGCAGUCUUUCUGCAGUGCCCGAAUCCAGCGACAUGGAGGCUACGUCAGAACACAGUUUUUCAACGGCAGACGUCAAGGUAGAUAUGAGCGCCCACGAUCUCCCCCCACCUGCUGCAGGAAGUAUAGCCGAUAGUAUCGUGAGUAACCGAAUUCCUCUUCUCUGUAACAACUUGUCUGUUUACUGA